AUGUCACUGCCGGCCAGUGCAGCCUCCUCUCAUUCCAGCAGAGUCAGGGGCAGCGGGAUCGAGAUGUCCGGCUCGUCAUCUCUGGAUUCCCGACCCUCCUCGUGGAGAGACCGAAGUGAGGCACUGGUGCAAUCCUCUCUCCCAUCCCCACGAUGGUCCAUGAUUUCAGCAGACUCUGAGAUGCUGGCUGUGCGUAGCCUCGUGGCCGGAGCCGACUCGGGUCUGGCGCGAGGCCGUGAUCCGGAUGUAGACCACUGGCACAGCAGCAUUCGAUUCCUCGUGGUGUCCUCGGCUGUGCUUGCAAACAACAUCCUGCGCGUCUACUGCAUGGCUCUGUUUGCCCAGCAUCGCAAGCUGCUUUUGGUCGGCUGGCAGCUUCCUUUCGAAAUUCUGGGCGCGCUGUUGUCAGUUCACAUCACCUGGAAGGAUGCCGACAUUCAGCGGCGGCUUCGAAGUGCAUCGCUUGGCGGACGGAUCCUUUGCGGUUUUUUGGCCUUUGUGUUCCUGGGCCUCUGUCAGAUCAUUCAUGUGAAGAGGGCCUGGGCUCGGCAACUUCGGAGUGGCGAGAUCUUGGACCGCUUGGACGACCGGGACUUCAUGUGGACAACGCCCGUGCUCGGGGGUGAACGUGGGCAUCCGGUUGCCGUGAUCACCAACUUCUCCGUUGUUCCGGUGUGUAUGUACGCCUUCCUGACCAAGCAGUGCCUGAACGUGGAAUUGGGUGAGAGUCCUUCUUCAAUCUGGUGGUGCGAACCCAAGUCUGCUUUUGAAACGUACAUACUGGCAUUCGGAAUCCUCUCAGCCCUGGUAGUGAUCAGCAUAUGUGUAGUUGAUAUUGACAUUGUGGUUUCGGCCUUCGUGGCUCGACGUUACCAUCUCGACUUCCGCCGUCGUGGCUCGCGCGUCGGCGUCCUGCAGAUCUUGUAUCCUGUUGUGCACAUCAUCUACCGUAUCGCGGAGGUAGUUGCCAGGAUCUCCCUUUUGACGGCUUGCGUCCUGGUCUCCGGGUUCGAGCUACAUCUUUCAGGCUUCAUCGCUGCCUGCUCUUUGAUUGCGGUGGACUUCUUGAUAGUUCUGCUCAUCCUCCGCAAGUAUUCACCGCGAAGCGAACGCUGGGCGAUCCAUUUCUUCGUGGCGCUCGGCUUCUUGAUUGCCGACAUGGCGAAGUUCGUAGACCGGCCCGGCUUUUCUUAUCCUGCGCGACACAUUAGCCUCGCCAUCGGGAGGUGGCGGAAGCUGCAGCUUCUUCUGGUCUGCGGAACAGCCUAUGCUGUGACUCGUUGGGGCGAGAGCUUGGAGAGGAGAGAUCUGCAAACAUACCUGCGUGGCUGGGCGAUCCUCGCCACACUUGCGACGUCCGUCCUGAUCUUCGAAACCCUGCAGCUGACCCCGAUGAUCAAUGCAACCGGAGAUGAUCUGCACACUGCAGUUCUAAAUCACAAAAUUUCUCGUGUGAGAAAGCUGCUGGACACAGGGCUGGCUGGCGAAGCUCUGGAUGUGAAUGGACCAUCGAAGGACUCCGAGCAGGUGACGGCUGCGAUGCUGGCGGCGCAGGAGGGCUUCGUCGAGGGACUUCGAAUGAUCAUGUCUUGUGGUGGCCGCAUGGAAGUGCGCGACUCCAAGCGUGAGACUUGCAUCCACUACGCUGUGCGGCAUCUGCAGCUCGAGGCUCUGGAGUUCCUCGUGCGUCAGCCAGGUGCAUCGCAGGUGUUGCACGCCUGCCGCGAGGAGUUGCGUGCCUUGGCUGCUGCGGCUGCCGGCCUUGACCUGGUGCCUCCGGAACCGCAGACAGGUGCACCGUCCGACCAGCCUACGUCGGGCGUCGCGUCGAACGAAGCGGGCCAAAGCCAAACGCCAUCCUUCCUUUUCCGUGCCUCCACGAAGUUUGCGCGGAGGCUCAGCCCAGAUGAGGCUCGUCGCCUAGUUCUCCUCUUGGAGCCCAACAGGGGCACGAGAAGAAAUGCCGACGAACAAGAGGUGUUUGGCACGCUGCGGAAUGUGAGGACCCACUUGGCCAUGAGCCGACAUCUGUUGAGACUCUUCCCGAAGGCUUUGGAAGAGGAUGUGCCCCAACUUCACGAGCUCCACUCUGUAAGCGCACUGGUUUUUGGCCACGGUGCAGGCGCCUUUGCUCGGGCAUUCCUGCGUGUAGCACCGGUGGCCGGUUGGCUGCAGUCUUUGCGGAAGGUGCGGGAGCUCGGCCAGGGGGCCUCGGGCACAGUGAUUGAGGUGGAGCUUGACGAUAGCAUUGGGACCCUCGGAUCCAUCGCAGCAUCUCCCAGCAAUCCGGGCACGGGAAGAUCAGGGUUUCUGCGAUCGAGAAUGUCCCUGACUGGAAGAUCUCGGAGUCAGAGCGAUUAUCAGCAGUACCUGGAGCCCCCGCGCUUUGCCAUGAAGCUCCAGUCGAAGCGCAACCUGGAUUGGCAGGCCUACUCAGAGGUGGUGGCCCUGAGGAGGGCGGGCCACCCUUUCAUCGUGCGACUAGAGCAGGCCUUCCAGACGCCUCACUAUUAUGCCUUGCUGCUGGAGCUUUGUCCGAAGGGAGACCUCAACCUGCUCUUGUGUAAUACGCACGAGAGUGUCAGCGAGCGUCGCAUGGGCUUGCCGGUGAGUCGUGCAGCUAGGUACGCCGGACAAGUGCUGCUGGCCCUGGUCCACCUCCACGAGGUGCUGGGAAUCAUCUACCGAGAUGUCAAGCCGGAAAACAUCCUCCUCUCCACCCAGGACGAGGCCAAGCUGGCGGACUUCGGGCUUGCCCUUUAUGUCGGGGGCAAUUUCUUCAGCGCCAACUACUCCAUGCCCAUUGCAGGCACCCCCAGGUUUCUUGCUCCUGAGCUGGUCCUCGGAGAGGAGUCCGACAGCGAGAUGUCCACCAUGGAGCAGGGUGCCAUGAGAGACGUGCGCUUCGACCCGUUCAAGACAGAUGCGUACAGCUUUGGCAUCACGCUCUACGUGAUGUUGUUGGGCGAGGACUGUGCCGAUUUGGAGCAAGGGGAUGGAGACUCCUUGUGGAUAUUGCCGAGGAGGCUGCCCGAUGCGGAGCAGACGGAGUUCCUUGAAUCUUGCUGCCGCAGUGGCCGACUGCUCCCUGAGGCGAAGGACCUCUUGGAGCGGCUUCUUCCAUCCAGGCCUCAGAUGCGAAGGCGUCUGGCCGAUGCAGAGAUUCAGAAUCACAACUUCUUCCUUGUGGCACUUGGCUGCAAGGAUUUAGAGGCACACCUUCUAAGUGAGGCAGGCAACAUAAGGCAACAAGGAGAAAGCCAGGAGAAUCUAAGACUGAGCGAUGCCUCGGCAGUCAUGAAGCGCACAGCGGCAGAGAUCUCCGAGGGCGAUGAGUCCCCGCCCGCCACGGUCGAGGUCAAUGACUCUGCUUCAUUUUGGCGUUGCCAGAUAGAAGCGAUCUAUCGGCGACGCAAUCCGCACAAGCUGAGCGGCGUCGAGGCGUUGCUAGAAAAGUACAAAGACAAAGAGGCGGUGCUGUAUGCCAAAGUGUGCAAGGCCUACGACCUCGACCCGAGCAAGCUUUAUGCGGAUGCAAAAGCAUGGGAGCCGUACGAAACAGACGUGCUGGAGGAGAAGCCCGACGUCCUGUUUGGGGAGGCGGAGGAGCCUGGAGAGCGUCCAUCUGACGAGCCUACUCCGUGUAGCUCCCAAAUUCCGGGAACAGGCGCUGCAGCUCCUCCAGCCCCGGCGGCAGGAACUGGGGUUGUCGUGCCAAGCUUGUUUGGCGUAACGUCUUUUGACAAGUCGCAGCGUGCGCCUGAUCCUGGUCUUGCGAAAGAUGACUCCUCGGAGGAUGGCGAGAAGCCCAAGCCCACGAAGAACAUCACCACGGCCAACACUGAGUCUGCAGAGUGCAAGAUGCAGUGA